AUGGUUGUUCUCAAUAACGGCAACAAUGGCACCAAUGGCCAAAGCAGCCAGGCCAUUCCCAAAACCCUUGUCGGGAAAGUAGCUCUAGUCACUGGAGGUGGCCGCGGUAUCGGAGCUGGUAUUGCCCUUGAACUAGCCAAACGAGGAGCCUAUGUCGCUGUCAACUAUUCUACCAGCGCUAGUUCUGCCGAAGAGGUCGUCCAGGCUAUAGAGGAUGCCGGUUCUCGUGGUGCCGCCUUCAAAGCCGACCUCACAAAAGUGGAGGAGAUUGAGGGACUUUUCCGCAGUGUCGUCGCUCAUUUCGGUCGUGUCGACAUAGCAGUGUCCAACUCAGGCCGGGAGAAAUUCAAACCAUUGAGUGAGACAACACUCGAAGACUUCAAUGAGGUGUUUGACUUGAACACGCGUGGUCAGUUCUUUGUCGCCAAGGCUGCUCAUAAAUAUCUUGAGCAAGGGGGUCGACUAGUCCUGAUGUCGUCUAUUGCUGCCGGCGUCGGUGUUCCUGGCCAUGCUCUGUAUGCAGGCAGCAAAUCCGCCGUCGAGGGUUUUACGCGUUGUUUCGCUGCUGAUUUUGGCGAGAAGCGGUGCACAGUAAAUGCUAUUGCGCCGGCCGGAAUCAAAAGUGAUAUGUGGUUGAAGAAUUCAUGGAGAUAUGCGCCAGGAUGUGACAAGACUUCUUCACUCGAAGAGAUCGAGACCGCGUUGGCUAAUGGCAGUCCAUUGAAGAGAUGUGGUGUUCCAGCCGAUAUUGGAAAGAUCAUUUGUUUCCUUGCUAGCCAAGACGGUGAAUGGAUCAAUGGUCAAACUAUCCCAGUCAAUGGAGGCGCUAACAUUUAG